AUGAAGAAUUAUCAUAAAAUUCACCAUUCGAAUUUAUGUGGAAUGCAAUGUGCCAUUCUCACACCCACUAAUAAUACUGAUACAUCCUCCAUAAACAGUGUCGUUAUUUGGCUGCACGGACUCGGAGAUACCUAUGAUGGAUUUGCACAAAUGUUGCAAUAUAUUCUUCCAAAUCAUGCGAUUGGUAUUUUACCCAAUGCACCACAUCGUCCCAUAACAAUUAAUGGAGGAAUGACCAUGCCUGGUUGGUAUGAUAUUCACUCUCUCGAUCGACAACUCAUGAAGCGUCAAGAAGAUAUUGAAGGAUAUAAUGCCUCUAAAAAACUGAUUGAUGAUUUGAUUCAUACAAUCAUGUCCUCUCCACCUUCUUCCAUUUUACACCAAUUACAAAUUCCUCAAAUUCCCUCAAACAGAAUUGUAUUAGGUGGAUUUUCACAAGGAGGUGCCAUGUCAGUCCUUGUUGGCUCUCAAUGUAAAUAUCCACUUGCGGGAAUAGUGUCUGCUAGUGGAUAUGUUUUAUUGAGAUCUCAAUAUGAAAGUUCAAAAGAUUGUAUUUCACAAGAGAAUAUUUCAACACCACUUUAUAUUUUCCAUGGAGAUGAAGAUGAUGUUGUGAAUUAUCAAAAUUUUGCAAAACAAAGCUUUGAUUGGUUAGAAGAAGGUGGAAAACUCAUUACACAGAGAAAGAUUUAUCGAUUUCAUUCACAUGAAGUGAGUGAAGAAGAGAUGAGAGAUUUGAAAAACACAUUUGCCAAACUUUUAAAUUGA